AUGGCUCGAAAAACUGUAAACAAGGGGCCAAGGGAACUGUGGUCUGAGAUCGAAACCGAAACGUUUGUUGACCAAUUCAUCUUAAACAAGGAUGUCAUUGAAGGUGCUUUUGAUAGUGGUGUCCCUAGAGAAGCUAAAACUGCGGCGUGGGAAAGUAUAGCACACGUUCUUAGAACAUCCUUUGCUGAAUCUAAACCAAGAAGUGUUGAAGAACUGAAAAAGAAAUGGAAUAAUUUGAAAACGGCAGCAAAGAAAGAUAUUGGGUUAUAUGUCAACUCACUUAAGGGGACAGGUGGUGUCCCAGCAUUUCAGCUGAAGCCACUGUACGAGAAACUUAACAUACAUGUUUUUGAGAAAGACAACCCAUGUCUGCCAGGAGAAAUAAUUCCCGUAAGUUGA